GAGGAUACGCCCAAUUGUGUCUUCUGGGAUUUUGAUAUAAAGUUUGUAUUUUUGCGUGUUUAAGUUGUGAAUCUUUCAAAAAAAAUCUUUCUAAAACUGUUAUUUUUCAUCAACUGUUAGUUAAUCAUUUUAUGCUGGAACUGUAAUGUCUUUGCUAGUAAGUUAUUCACAUUACCCAAUAUGUUACCCUAAAGGGUGUAAAACGUUAUGUUUGUAUGUCUGUCAUCAAAAACUAACCAUGCUCCAGAAAAAAAAGUCACAGUUGUCUUUUGCAAACGUUUACUAAGGUACUAAGUAUGUUUACUACUUAAGUAGGAUUGUCUUUGGUUGAGUAUAGAUAACCUUAUAAAGUUAGGUUCAGAUAAGCUUUGGACAAUUGCAUGUUACUCCUAUGGAUCAUACACUGUGAAUUGUUGAUACCCCUAACUAUAUAGCCUCCCAAGCAGGCGUUUUUGGGGAGGGAUGAAAUUGAGCUCCCCUAAAAGCGCCUGCGUGGGAGGCUACUAACUAUACUGCUAUAUAUAUUAAUCAGUAGGUUAAUUAACCGUUAGAAAAUGUUUCCUAAUCUAAAAAACACUUUGUCAAUUUCCUUUAAGGAGUACGUUUAAUGGCUCAUGGUCAAGUAGAGGAUGCUCUUUAGUAAACAGAAGUGAAUCUCAGGUUAUUUGUACCUGUAAUCAUCUCACACACUUUGCUGUUCUUAUGCAAAUUGGAGAUGAUACUAACUUAAAGGUAACGUAUUCAUUACUACGUAUGAGGCGGAAGUUUUGACAUUUUGUUUAUUCCAAACUUUCCUAGUGAUGGUUAAUAAUUUAGAGUCUAUUGACCACUCAAAGAAGUGCAGAAAACAAAAACAAAAAAUAGUAAUUAAAAGCUUUCAGCGCAAUGAUUUCUGAACAAUUUGAGUAGACAUUAUUGUCAACCAGACCACUUGUUUCCUUUGAAAACUGUUUGCGACUCAUUCACGUUACUGCAAUAUGUUUUCCACACAAAAUGUUAGUCAAGUAUCGUUUUCAAGUACUCUUGGGAUAUUUGUCCCCCUGAGAAAUUGAAAUUAAAACAAAGAAUAAUAUAUGCAAAAUUUAGUGGGAGAACGAUGGGAUUAUAAGGAAAGUCAAACUCGCAGGUUGUCCAACCAAAAUUAACGCUUGUCCAGACAAUCACUCGGGAGUCGUUGCGUCCAAAUCAUUCGAACCCCUUCUGUUUAAAGGUUAUAGUAGUGGUGGUGGUUUCUUUGUUUUUGUCCUCAAGGACACAUGAUCAUGCUGAAAUAAACAUAUCAAAGCUGGGACGAAGCAGAAAAACUCCAAAUUUCAGUUGACAAGUAAAGCGCUCGAUUCAGUUUCAGCAUAUAUAUAUGGAUUUGCUUUGACAAUAAGAGGUUGGAUAACUAAAUUACUUAAUCGUUUGUUUAACUGAUACCUCAACGUUAUUUUUACAGACCUCUGCUAAGCACCAAACAGCAUUGGAGGUCAUUACUUACGUUGGCUGCGGUCUGUCGCUUUUCGGAGAGGUUCUUACAGUUAUUGCAUAUUUGACUUUACUGUAA